ACAGUGAUUACCGCCUUCUUAGCAGAUUGAGUGAAAACAGCUGUUGCAGUGAGAGUAGUUGACUGUUGAGUAUUGUGUUAGUGUGCGGUGAGAGGAGUGGGAUAUUUUGAAUUUAGGUUGUGAUUGUGUAACAAGUGUAAACAGAUGACAAAAUGACCAGUACAAAUUCGAGAGAAGUUAAAUAUAUUUACCAACUACCAUACUAUGAACACAAAGAGCUGUGCCGUUUGUUGGAUCACAAUGACAAGUGGGAAGAGCUUGGUGGAAAACAUAUGAAUUUUGACAUGAUGACAAUCCAUGAAUUGCGGAGAUUUUUUGUAAGAGGUUUGUCACCUUCUGAGGAACUGCUCAACAGAUGGGGUCACCAAAACCAUACUAUACUGGAACUGUUUGCUUUGCUGUCAAAAAUGUGUUACUACAGAGCAAUGAUGAUCUUGAAACCAUUUGUUGAUCCACAGUACCAUCACUUUAUAUAUGAAGGAGAGCAGUUUCUGGACUUAACUGAACGUGCCAAGUACUUGGAGGAAUUAAAAAACAAUAAAUCAAAUGUGCCAGUCUUAUCACCUUCUGUUGUUCCUCAAGCAAGUUCCAGUGUUGCUGACAAGGACUUGCAUGUUGGAAUUCAUAACCUGAAUCUUCCAUCUGAGGCAGCUAGGAGACCUGCAUCCAAACUUAUCUUCCCACCUACCACUUCAUCCUCAGACGCCAAAGCACCAAACACAGUGGUACAACGAACACAACAAUCAGGAAACAUCUCCAAUGACAACAAUGAGUAUGCUACUGUGGAAGCAGGUGCUGUCAAUGGGGGAAGCCCAGCUGUGAACACGCCUGCUGCACUUGAAGUUGCUGCAGCUCCUGAGCCAGAGAAUAAGGACAGCAAUGUUCCAGGGAUAAAUACACAACGCAAAAUGUCCAAUGCUUCAGAUGUGUCAUCAAUUGCUGAAUCCUGUGGCACCAUACCUGAUAUUCCAUACAAAGAGCUGAUGGUUGCUACAAAUGGUUGGGACAAACACACAAUUCUUGGCAAGGGUGGAUUUGGCACAGUGUUUAAAGGAAUAUGGAAAAAUACGCCUGUAGCCAUCAAAAGACUUGAACAGAGAACAGAAUCUGAUGAGAGUUACCAGGCUCAGAUCGAGCAAUCAUUGCGUGAGCUGAGAGUUCUGAAUGCUUGCCGACAUGACAACAUAUUACCUAUUUAUGGCUUCAGUAUGGGUGGAGAUGAGCCUUGUCUUGUGUACCAGUACAUGCCUAAUGGAUCUGUUGAAGAUCGUCUUCUUUGUCGAAAUGGCACUCCUCCACUGUCAUGGGAUCAGCGUCACAAUAUUGCUGAAGGGACGGCAAGAGGUCUUCAGUUCUUGCACAACAACAAAAAACCAUUUAUCCAUGGUGAUAUAAAGAGUGCCAACAUACUGCUGGAUACCAACUUUGAACCAAGGAUUGGUGAUUUUGGGCUUGCACGUGAUGGUCCGCAGGGUCAUUACACACACAUGAAAGUGAGCCGAGUCCAUGGCACCCGCCCCUAUCUGCCUGAUGAAUUCCUGCGUUCAAAACAAAUUUCCACAAAGGUUGAUACAUACAGUUUUGGAAUUGUUCUCUUUGAGCUGGCUACUGGUCAAAGAGCAUAUGAUGAGUCAAGGCAGAAAAAAUUUUUGAAAGACCAUGUGGAGGCGUGUGAAGAUCAACAGAUCCUCACAUUAGCUGAUAGGAAAGCAGGCCCUUGUGAUCAGGCAACAUUUCUAGAACUGGUGGAGCUGGGCAAGUUGUGUGUCCGCAAGCGUGCAAAGGAUAGACCUGAAAUGGAGGAAGUAUUGAAGCAGCUUGAAGGCAUGUCUAAUCGAAGACGUAUUGCAUCACGUGCUCAGAAUAUGGUUCGCCAGUUGACACCUUCAACCCCUUAUGAGUUGCAACUCCUGCACGACAUCUGCAGCCAACAGCGCCGCAUGUCCAGCCCGUCAGCUAGUCCUGCUGUUUCCCCUCAGCCAUAUGCCGUGCCUGAUUUGACUCAUGGAGCUCCAAACUUGCCUUUUAUUUCCCCGCUGUAUCACCUCCAUCAGCAGCAGCAGCAGCAGCAACAGGUGUUACCACAGCAACAGCAGAUUCCUGGGGGAUUGGCAUCUCCUGUGCUGCCCAACAAUCGAUUUUUUGAUGUGGUCAGUAAUGGGAAUGCCCAAAAAAUGAAUGUGCAUCCUGAGGAUGAAAACAGACUAGUGUACAAUAUUCAGAUGAAUGUACCAUCUCCUCUUCCUUAUGAAGGGAACUUCAAUAAUAUUGUUGAAACAGCUGUUCCAAAUGAAAUGAAAUUUAAUGGUGUUGUUGACUCAGUCAUCCUCAACACACCCAGGAAGCAAAAUGUCCACCCCAAUGGUGGUGGCAGUAUAAAUCCAUUUCAGAUGAAUAGUUUGCAGAAAGCAGUGAAUUUAGUUGCAAAUGGUGCAGGUGAUAAUUUGAAUAUUGAUGGGCAAAUUCUGAAUUUGCCUAGUCGUCCAACUGUGCUUCCUAGCUUGAUUAAGACAUCUGCAGAGUCUGUUGCAUCACACCUUGGACAAAAUGACUUUGGACUGCCAUUGACAAUUCCAGCUGCUGCACCACUGAUAGCCGUUACACCACCAACAGCCAGCUCUUUCUCCAAGCAUAUACCAGUUGCCGAAGAAUCCGCAAGUCAAAAUAACAGUAAAUCAGAAAAGGUAGAAGAGAGGGAUGCUGUGCUAGUAGUGAACAAUUUUGCACCUGGAGAGGCAAGUGUUGGUGGCCUGCCAUUACUCUCUGCACUUGGAAUUAAGAGUGAAGAUAACAUCAGAAGUGACAGUAACAAUGCAGACAGUUCCAGUGUUAAUGAAAGUACACACAUGUUGUGAUAACACUGCCGUAAUAACAUACUGAACAUCUUUCCAUAACUGUUAAUAGGCCAUUAGACACCACACCAAGUAACAAUAAAGAAUUUCUGGAAGCCUUUUUUGCAGACCAAAAGUGUUAUACUCUUGGUUUGGCCACCUGCCUUCUCUUGUCUUUCCAGCUAUGAUUUUGCUUGUGCUCAUCAUGUAAGCCCUUACAAUUGUUGAACAGUGAUCUGUACUUUGAUCAAAUUUUGGAUGUCUUCCUGAUUCAGUCCAUUACUCUUGAGGUCCUUCCUCAAUGUCUUGAAUCAUUUGUUGGAGACUUUACAGUCUUGGAACUUGACAUGUUGCCUAUCAUAAAGCAUGAUCAGAAGUGGAAAUAAAUGAUAGAAAAACAAAUAAAUCCUAAGGCUAUAUGUAUGUUGAAGCUUGUAUCAUUUUAAUUGUACUUUGACACUUACCCAGUCAGUGACCGAGCCACAUGCAAUGCAUUAUAAGUACAGAGAUUUAAAAAUUUUCCUGUUAAAGUGGUGCUUUAAUUUGGCAAUGUAUUUCAUGUUACAACUGUUUGCAUAAAAAUAUGUGUCAGAGUGGUAGAAAAACUGUGUUUGACAUUGUUCUGACACAGUAUGUAUUGUAAUUCGUAUCUCCUCUUCUUCAUAUUCCAUUCCUUUCCUUUCUUCUUGUUGUUUCUUAUAUUACAUUUGUAUGAACAUUUGACCAAACUGCUUUUUGCAGGAGAUAUGAAAGCAUUUCUUAAAUUCACGUCACUUAUUAAUUUUUUAUGCUAUGUAUCUGUUUCAAAAUUUGUUUUUGUAUAAAGGGAAAAUUGUUAACAGGAUAUUUUUGCCAUGUAUUAACAAUCUUUGAGAGGAAAGAAGUCUAGGUAGUGUGGAGUAAGAGAAGAUGUAUUGUAGAGCCCCAGAAGCUGUCUCUUUCAUUUAUUUUAACUGUUCGUUACAAGAAUGAAGUGGAGAGAAGGAAUAUGUUGUCAGAAACUACAUGUUGCUUUUAGGCAUAAUCAUAAUUAUUUACAAAAAUGAGAAAAAAUUGAUAAUGGUGGUUAAUGGAUAAAUAUAUGGACAAGAAAAGCUACCUACAGCAAACACAGUAUAACUGUUAAAUAGCUGUGAAUUAAGUUGACAGUUUUUGUCCUCUUUACUUUGUGUGUUACAUGGAGAGUAAAAGUGAUUUUAGUACUGAAGCUAAUGUGCCUGUUCUAUGCUCAGUGAAUUUAAAUUUUGAACUAAAAUAAUAUUUUAGAUGAAAUGAAACGUGGGUAAUAGUAGAGUGAAUCUCUAAACACUGUGCUCUUUCUUGUUGUUUCUGAUGAUGUUAAAGAUGCGAUCUCCUCCCAGUAACUCUUAAAAUCGAUUGAUUAUUAUGUACAUAUUUUUACAAACCAGUUCUAAUGAAGAGGAGAGAAGAAAGGCAAAUAGAUAUUUUAGAAAUUUCUAUUUUUAAGAGAAAGAUUUUAUAUAUUAUUAAAGAACUGAGUGAAAUGAUUUUCAAGAGCAAAUGUGAUAAUUAUAAUGCUUGCUUAAAGUCUGCAUACUGUUUUGUUAAAGAAGCUUAGCAUAAUGGAGAUAAGAGCUCUAUUUUGUAUUAUACUGUUAUUGUGGUUAAGAAGAGGAUUUAAAAACAUAUAAUGCCUCAUAGUGAGGAAAGAUUUUUAAGAAAAAAGCAAAAUAAAAGAAAACAAAAAACAUUUCUGUGUUAAUGCUAGUCUUACUUUUAAGGGAAUUGUAAUAUCAAAUGUUAGAUAUUUUUGAGAAUAUAUUUUAAUAUUAAUAGUAUUAAUAGUAAAAUUUUUGUAAUAUUUGUCAUUGAAGCAUGAAGCUGUUUGAUGAAUAAAAGACUAUUUCCAUUAA